AUGCUAUCCCGCGCCCACCCGCCCAUUUCCCUCCCCACAUCCUACGACACCCUCCCUUUCACCCAAAUUCGCACCGCCCACCAUCCCCCAGAACCCAGCAUCAUCAUCCUGACCCUGCACCGCCCGGGCCACCACAAUGCCUUUACCGACACGAUGCGCGCAGAGAUGGAGACGGCGUAUGCAAUGUUCGAUGUGGAUGACCGGGUGAAGUGUAUAGUUUUGACAGGGAGUGGGCGGAUAUUUUGCGCGGGGGCGGAUUUGGAAAUUGGGUUCGGGAAGGGGAGGGAUGGUAAGGAUGGGGAGAGUGUGGGGGAGCAUAGGGAUGGCGGCGGCCGUGUCUCCCUCGCCCUUCACCACUGCCGUAAACCCACCAUCGCCGCCCUCCAAGGCUCCGCCGUCGGCAUCGGCAUCACCAUGACCCUCCCCGCAAACAUCCGCAUCGCGCAUGCCUCAGCAAAGAUCGGCUUCGUCUUCGCCCGCCGCGGUCUCGUCAUGGAAGCCGCGUCGUCCUUCUACCUGCCCCGCUUAAUCGGCUAUUCGCGCGCCAUGCGUGCCGUCACCACGGGCGCAACCUACCGCGCCGACGAUGCGAUUUGGGACGGCCUGUUUGCUGAGACGCUGGGGAGGGCUGAGGAUGUGUUACCCCGCGCGCUCGAGGUGGCGGGCGAUGUGGUGAGGAAUACGAGUGCGGUCAGUACGUAUUUGAUGAAGGAGAUGAUGUUUAGGGAUGCGGGGAGUCCAGAGGGCCAGCAUUUGUUGGAUUCGAGGGUUAUCUUUGAAUUGUUUGGGAGUCCGGAUAACACGGAGGGUGUGCAGUCGUUCUUGGAGAAGAGAGAGGCCAAGUUUACGGGGACACUGGAUGAUACUAAACUGACUCAGUAUCCAUGGUGGAUGCCUUUGGACAUCCUGGGGAGGCCCAAGGUAGCUCCCAUGGGAAAGCCGAAGAUUUGA